UAUUUCCCAAUGCCUCAACCCGAGCAGGAAAUAAAGUACGAUAGCGUCGGAUAGCGUAAUCUUUGCCGGCCAAUGACUUCAGAUGUCUGCGCAAUGUUGACAUACUUAAUGCCCUCCUCACUUUUAAGGAACAUCAAUAUUUCCCAAUGCCUCAACCCGAGCAGGAGAUUAAAUACGAUAGCGUCGGAUAGCGUCAUCUUUGCCGGCCUGCAGCUAGCCAGCAACGUUAUUGAUGAAUGAGAGGCGUGAUCCUUUUCUCGUAAACGAGAUCCUUAUGUCGUAAAUAUGAUAUCUCAUCUCGUAAUUACGAGAUCUUUAUCUCAUAAUUACGAGAUCCGUAUCUCGUAAUUACGAAAUUCUGAGUGUGCUAACGGCUAUAUUAGCUGUGAAACUUUUUUUUAUUUGGUGAAUGCUCAGCGCCACCGUACUAAAGGCAAACUGAGCAAAUUUGUUAUUUCAGAAGAGUGUAUCAAACUGGGUGCCCUUCGUAUGACUCAGUACCCAUGAAGGAGCUCUCAGGUUCAAAAAGCGUCCGUGCAUGGUUGCACAUACUUCAUGCCCGACAGCGCUCCAUGACACAUAAGUAAGUUCAAUCAUAUAAGUUGUAUCUUGUAUCACUUGAAUCAACACGAAAUUUCAACACAUAUCAUACGAUUGACGAUGUUUCUGCCGUUUGAAUCCAUACGGUCGGAUCAUGUGGACACGAACAUUCCCAACGAGGAACUAGGAAACAAACAGCAACCUGAACGAGGAAGUACGGGAUUUGACUGACGUGAAGUUUGUCCAAUUGACGAGCCAUAAUUACCCCUUCGGUCCCGCCUCCUAUACAACUGACCAAUGCGGUUUAAGGCAUGUCACUUCCGAUGUACGAAUCUAUUCCAUUGUACGUGAGGCAGUUCUGCGGUGCUUGAGGACUUUGUUGAACUCCGCAGUGAAUUUAACCGUAUUUAUUCCCACUUUAUUUAAUUCUCAAUACGAAUACGCCAACGCCUCGUCGUCUCGGUGGCAGUGUGCAGCUUCUUUACGGACGUUAGGAUGAGACGAAACAUUUGAGACUCACAAGGUUAGCCGUCAAAGGAGUCCGUCGGUCCUCUGAUUUCAUUCCUUUGCGUUUUUUACUUCCUUUCUAGGAUAAGUUUUAGUUUCACGGACACAUCAGCGACAACGUCAGCUUAAAGUUUGAAUGGAGAUUUAAAAACAGCCGGACCGCUCCUGUAUGUGUCUGGACUAGUUUCCAUAUUUCUGAAGCUACACUCAUUAGCCUAGCCUCGGAGCUCCUCCAGGGCCGCGGGAGCAGAGCAGCCCCCCAGAGGAGGCGCUAUGAACGGGUUCAGCACCGAGGAGGACAGCCACGACGGACCUCCGGCCCCACCGGGCUGCGGGCAGAGCUGCUGCCUGCUGGAGGACGGGCAGCGCUGCGGGCGGUCGGCGGGCAACGCUUCGUUCAGCAAGAGGAUCCAGAAGAGCAUCUCCCAGAAGAAGCUCAAGCUGGACAUCGACAAGAGUGUCCGUCACCUCUACAUAUGUGACUUCCAUAAGAACUUCAUCCAGAGCGUCCGAAACAAGAGGAAGAGGAAGACGAGCGACGAUGGGGGAGAGUCACCUGACCACGACGUAGAGGUCCCAGAGGUGGAUCUGUUCCAGCUGCAGGUGAACACACUGCGGCGCUAUAAGAGACACUACAAGCUCCAGACCCGGCCAGGCCUCAACAAGGCCCAGCUAGCUGAGACGGUGAGCCGCCACUUCCGGAACAUCCCGGUGAACGAGAAGGAGACGCUCACCUACUUCAUCUACAUGGUGAAGAGCAGCAAGACCCGCAUGGAGCCCAAGGCCGACGGGGCCAAGCAGCUCGACUAGCCGCCGCCCCCCCCCCCCCCCCCCCCCAUCAGCACCGCCAUCCGCUCCUCCGUCGCCACGGCAACCCCUGGCCUGACUGAACCCGCCGCUGCAGCCGCUGGCCUGCUGUCAUUGGUCGGUUCUGAGGGGUUCCGGGGGGCUGCUGUCCCCGGGCAGAACAUGGAAACCGUCCUCCCCCCCCCACGACAGACCGGCCUUCUGACCCCAUGGACCCCCUGGUACUAAAUAUAGCCCGGUGUGCCGCGACAGAAUCAUGUCCACUCUGAUCUCCCCCCCCUCUCUCGCUGUCCGCCUCUGUCUCUCGCUGCUCUCGUUUUCUACUGUCUCUCUCUUCAUCUGCUCUCUCUCUCAUUAACUACGGUCUCUCUCUCAUUAUCUUCUGUCUCUCUCUUGCUCUCAUGGUCUACUCUCUCUCUAUCGUUAUCUUCUCUCUUCCUUUUCUCAAUAUCUGCUCUCAUUAUCUCAUUAUCUUCUCUCCCAUCAUCUUCUGUCUCAUUAUCUCUCAGUAUCUUCUCUCUUAUCUACUGUCUCAUGAUCUCUCAUUAUCUUCUCUCUUAUCAUGAACUGUCUCAUUAUCUCUCAUUAUCUACCGUCUCUCAUUACCUCUCUCCCUCUGGCUGAUGGAUCUCCUGGUUUACUAGACUUGUUGACUUUGUGUAUGGAUUGUAUUUGUAUCCUAUCCUUUAUUUUGCGUGUAGAAUUUAAUUAGCCGUGCCAGUCCUGUUACCCGUUAGCUUGUAUCCUGUGUAGCGCAGAAGGAUACAUAUAUAUGGAUAUAUAUACAUAUUUAUGUAUUUAUAUAUACAUAUAUAUAGAUAUAAAACGAUGUGUAUAUGUGCGUGUAGCUGCCUAUUAAUGAUAAUAAUAAACAUAUUGUACAGACUCAACUGGUCUCAUCUGCUUUA